AAUUUUCGUCCACUAAAAGAAACAACGGGAGUAUAUACUCCGUACCACUUACAAGUUACAAACACAGGCAAUCUCCAAUUCUAACAUAAAUGGCUAUGAUACCGUUACAAACUGUUGCAACCCCGCGACUUUCAUGGGUGUUACAGCCACCUGAGCGUAGCUCAAAUUCUCAAUACCCGCCAAUAAUAGCCUUCUCAAAACUGAAAUCAAUUUGCAAACCCAUCUGCUAUUCUCUCUCUUUUGACCAAUCCUUCACUAAUCUGCCAUUUGACUCCACCAACUAUGCUUCAUUUCUUGAAUCUUGCACAACCCCAUUUCUGGGUAAAUCAGUUCAUGCUCAUGCCCUUAAAUCUGGGUUUCAUGGGCAUGAAUUUGUUGAGACUAAAUUGCUUCAAAUGUAUGGUAGAUGUGAUUGUUUACAUGAUGCACGUAUGCUGUUUGAUAAAAUGCCUAAGAGAAACUUGUACACUUGGUUAGCAUUGAUAAGUGUGUGUGUGGAUUAUGAGCUGUUUGAGGAUGGUUUUUCGCUGUUUUUAGAUUUGAUGUUUGAGGAUUUGAGGUUGGAUUUCUUUGUUUUUCCUGUUGUUUUGAAGAUUUGUAGUGGGCUUCAGGAUAUGGAGCUUGGGAGGCAAAUUCAUGGGUUUGUGAUAAAAGCUAUGUUUGUUUUGAAUGUUUAUGUGGGUAAUGGUUUGAUAGAUAUGUAUGGGAAAUGUGGGGGUUUGAGUGAUGCCAAGAAGGUUUUUGGUACGAUGAUCGAGAGAGAUUCUGUCUCGUGGAAUUGUCUGCUUUCAGCUUGUGCUGUGAAUGGCAUGGUUGAUGAGGCAUUGGAGAAUUUGGAUAAGAUGUCGAGUUCAGGAGAUUCUGUCCCAAAUAUCAUUUCUUGGAGUGGGGUUAUUAGUGGUUUUGCGCAAAAUGGGUAUGUGAACGAAGCUAUCGACUUGUUAUCUAGAAUGAGAGCUCGAGGGGUGGAGCCAAAUGCACAGACAAUCGCUGGUGUUUUACCAGCUCUUGCUAAGCUACAAACACCAAGGUUAGGUAAGGAGAUUCAUGCCUAUAUCACUAGACAUGGGUUUAUGACCAACCCCAUUGUGGUGAAUGGGCUGCUUGAUGUGUACAGGAGGAGUGGUGACAUGGAAAAUGCUUUGAAAUUGUUUUCGAGGUUUUCAGUGAAGAAUGUAGUGUCCUUCAAUACUAUGAUUGUUGGAUUUUGUGAGACUGGUGAAAUAUCAAAAGCCAAGGACCUUCUUAACCAACUAGAAAUGAACGGGAUUAAGAGGGAUCUUAUAACAUGGAAUGCAAUGCUUUCAGGAUAUGUGGAUAACCUCCUCUUUGAAGAAGGAUUAAACUUGUUUAAGGAGAUGCAAAUGGUAGAAGGGAUUGAAGUGGACUCGUAUACUCUAGGAAGUGCUCUUUCUGCUUGUUCUGGCAAGGGUUCUCUGAGACAAGGAAAGGAGAUACAUUGUCAAGCCAUCAUUAAGGGUCUAAACUCUAAUCCUUUUGUGGCAGAAGCCUUAAUCGAAAUGUACAUUACAUUCCAAGAUCCUAAGGCUGCUCUGCAGGCAUUUGAAGAAGUUAAUGAUAGUGAUAUAAGCACAUGGAAUAUUCUGAUCUUGGGCUAUGCUCGGUGCAAUCAGAUGGAUGCACUUCCAAUUCUUCUAAAAAGAAUGAGAGAGUAUGGUUUUGAUCCAAAUGUAUAUACAUGGAAUGGAAUAAUUUCAGGCCAUGUAGAAAACGGCCACUAUGAAGUUGCUUUACAGUUGCUUAAGGAGAUGCAGAGUACAAAUUUAAGGCCUGAUAUCUAUACAAUAGGGAUAAUUUUACCUGCUUGUUCUAGAUUGGCUACAAUUGAACGAGGCAAGCAGGUUCACGGGCAUUCCAUCAGAUGUGGGUAUGAUUCAAAUGUCUAUAUUGGAGCGGCCCUUGUAGACAUGUAUUCAAAAUGUGGGAGCAUAAAGAACGCAAUAAGGGCAAAUAGUAGGAUAUCAAAACCUAAUCUGAUUUCCCAAAAUGCGAUGCUUACUGCCUAUGCAAUGCAUGGCCUUGGAGAGGAAGGUAUAUCUCUUUUCAAUACCAUCCUUGCCAAUGGUUUUGUACCAGAUGAGGUUACCUUUUUAUCAGUUCUCUCUGCUUGUGUUCAUGCUGGGAAAAUUGACAUUGGCAAUGAGAUUUUCAGUUCAAUGGAUCGUUAUAAUGUGAAAGCUUCACUGAAACACUACACGGCUUUGGUUGACCUGUUAAGUAAGUGUGGUAAAACCAAUGAAGCUUACAAGCUGAUUAGAAACAUGCCAAUGGAACCAGAUUCUGUGACUUGGGGAGCUUUACUUGGAGGUUGCGUAGUUUCUGGUGAUGUGAAGCUUGGUGAAAUGGCAGCAGGAAAGCUUCUAGAAUUGGAACCAAAUAACACUGGGAACUUCAUUCUAUUGGCAAAUAUGUAUGCACUUUCUGGUAGAUGGAAUGAUUUGUUAAGAAUACGUAAGAUUAUAACAGCGAGAAGAAUGCGAAAAAAUGCUGGAUGUAGUUGGAUUGAAGAUGGGAAUGAUGUUCAUGUGUUCACCGCAAGUGAUUCAUCUCAUAUGAGAACAGAGGAGAUAUAUUCUUUGUUAGAGAGUUUAACCAUGCAGAUGAAAACAUGGUUGUAUACUUCGCUUCCAUACAAUGAGUGUACAUAUUGAAAGUAAGAUUGAAGCAGCAGUAAAUUACCAGAUAGAGAGGAUUAUUCCCGUACACCAAAUGUUGUACGCAUUAUGUAUAGUAAUGUCACUGUAGUAUGAUCCAAUGAGUAAGAUAGACAUGUUUGUUACUAUUUAUUCACAUAGAUCAUAGGCUGCUUUGGACUGUAUGCAAAGCAGGGAAUUAGCUAGUCCUAACCAUGUACUUCAUACUACAUGACACAGAGAAAUACGUCACAGCAUAUAGAGUAUAUAUAUCGAAGUAUAUACUGUAUUUUUAUCUAUGAGUAAUGUACCUUUGAUAAGAACUAUUUUGUUUAGUACACCAUUUAUUAUGUACUAGGUAUAAUUCUUCAGAAUAUAUAU